AUGGAUGUCAAAAUGCAUCCAGGGUUAUUAAGCAUAUUGAUGUUAUACAGUUUAGCUACAAAUUUCGAUAGCUUCCGAACGACAAUCGAAACGAGAGAUGUUCUGCCAAGUCCUGGCAAUUUGAAAAUAAAAAUCGUAGAAGAAUACGAAGCAAGAAGGCAAACCGAAGCGAGUGAACCUCAGACUUCAGAAGCAUUCUACACAAAGACGAAGAAAAAGGUAAAAUUUUGCAAGAAUUGUAAUAAGAAAGGGCAUUCCACAGAAGCUUGUUGA